UGUUAUAUUUAUAUAUUUCUCAAUAUUCUUUGAAGUCUUUUGUAAGCUUUACAGCUCUAAUUUUUGAUGGUAUUCUUUGAAGUCAUAAAUGUGUUCAGUUCAGACUUCAAUUCCUCUUUGUCUUCCAAGCAACUCUCUCAGAGGAGAACCUCUUCUACAGUUAUCAACAAGCUCUUAAAAAUGAACUUUUUCAUCACUUAAUUUCGUGCUGCCUGAUUCAAAAAUCCUCUUCCUAACAGUGGCAGGUUAAUUUGGGAAGAAAUUACAGAACUGGAAAGGAACCAUGGCUAGUCUUAAAAAUGAUGAGCUGCCAAUGCUGUUGAGAAAGGAAUCAAAGGAUGAAGAACAAUAUGAUGAGACCCUGAAUUCCAAAUUGCAGAGAUUCUUAUCCAGGACACAAAGUUCAAUUGCAAUUCCUAUGAGCACCCUGGAGUCAUAUGAUAGCGAAACUAGUCUUGUUGGACACACUGGUCCACUGAAGAGUGAGAGAAAAACCCCCUUUCCACAAAUGAGCGGUCCACUAUAUGCUACCGGAACUGUCAGUCAUUUACAGCAGAGGAUGGUUGGUACAGGAAGAAAAGAAGAUGAAAGAAAGACAGAAAAAUUUGAUGCUUUCCGUGGCACUGGUUCGAAUAACUGGCAUAAUAACCAUGAUAAGGAAAAUGAACACUUAAUGAGGUCUGGACAACUUGGAAUGUGUGAUGAUCCUUAUUGCACUUCUUGCCCAACAUACUUCAAGCCUUCUCAACAUAAAGUUUCAAAAUCUUCGACAAUAUUUGAUCCCAAGUUCCACAAUGCUCUCUAUGGGGACGCCAAGGGAUUUGCAACAAAGUUUUAUUCCCUUUGUUGUUCGUACAUUCCUGGAGUUAUAAAUCCUCACACUAAAGUCAUACAACAAUGGAACAAGAUUUUGGCCAUUUUUUGCUUGGUUGCUAUUUUUGUGGAUCCAUUAUUUUUCUUUGUAUUUUAUGCACGAGAGGAUCAUAAUUGUAUUGUUGUCGACUGGUCAAUGACAACAACACUUGUUAUUGUUCGAAGCUUGAAUGAUUUGGUAUAUUUCUUUAACAUUCUUCUCCAGUUCAAAUUGGCUUAUGUUUCUCCUGAGUCAAGGGUGGUUGGUACUGGAGAUUUAGAGGACCAUCCGAAGAAAAUCGCACUUCAUUACCUUCGGGGUUAUUUUUUUCUUGACUUAUUUGUUGUAUUUCCUCUUCCUCAGAUAAUGAUAUUGUUUGUCCUGCCAAAAUCCCUUGGGGGAGCAAAUUAUGCUAAGAAUCUUCUGCGUGCAGCAAUCCUUGUGCAGUACAUCCCCAGAUUGUUUAGAUUUCUGCCUAUGCUAAUUGGCCAGUCUCCAUCAGGAUUUAUAUUUGAGUCAGCCUGGGCAAAUUUUAUAAUAAACCUUCUAAUUUUUAUGCUAUCUGGACAUGUUGUUGGCUCUUGCUGGUACCUCUUUGGUCUACAGAGGGUUAACCAAUGUUUGCGAGAUGCCUGCCACAAUUCUAAGAUCCCCGGAUGCAUGACAUUCAUUGAUUGUGGGCAUGGUCAUGAUGGAGUCUUUCAGCCUGGCCAAACAUCAAAUCAGUGGAACAACAAUACUGAUGCUGUUGCUUGCUUGAAUCCCCCAUCUGAUGGUGGUUUUGCUUAUGGGAUAUAUCAAAAUGUUGUACCUCUUACUACAGAAACUAAUGUGAUCAACAAAUACAUCUAUUCUUUGUUUUGGGGAUUCCAGCAAAUCAGUACUUUGGCUGGUAAUCUAGUCCCUAGCACUUUUGUGUGGGAAGUCCUUUUCACUAUGGCCAUUAUAGGAUCUGGACUCUUGCUUUUUGCUAUUCUCAUUGGUAACAUACAGAAUUUUCUUCAAGCUCUUGGGCGGAGGAGGCUAGAAAUGCAACUCAGGGGACGUGACGUGGAGCAAUGGAUGAGCCAUCGACGCUUACCAGAAAAUCUAAGAAGGAGAGUACGACAGGCUGAACGUUAUUCUUGGGCUGCAACAAGGGGAGUGAACGAAGAAAUGCUUAUGGAAAAUUUACCAGAAGAUCUACAGAGAGACAUAAGGCGUCAUCUCUUCAAAUUUAUUAAGAAAGUUCGAAUUUUUGCUUUGAUGGAUGAACCUAUCCUAGAUGCCAUUUGUGAGAGAUUAAGACAAAGGACAUACAUAAAAGGAAGUAUUAUAUUGAGUAUGGGUUGUCUGGUAGAUAAGAUGGUAUUCGUGGUGCGAGGAAAGCUCGAGAGUGUCGGAGAAGAUGGAAUAAGACUUCCGUUAUCCGAAGGGGAUGCCUGUGGCGAAGAACUUCUAACAUGGUAUUUAGAACAUUCUUCUGUCAGUACAGAUGGUAGAAAAGUAAGGCUUCCUGGACAAAGGUUGCUUAGCAACAGAACAGUGAGGUGCUUAACAAAUGUAGAGUCAUUUUCGCUCCGCGCCGCAGAUCUUGAAGAAGUCACAAUCCUUUUCACAAGAUUCUUGCGGAGUCCGCGUGUUCAAGGAGCCUUAAGGUAUGAAUCACCUUAUUGGAGAUCCUUAGCUGCAAUUCGUAUUCAAGUUGCAUGGAGAUACAGGAAGAAACGUCUAAGUCGUGCUGAUUCUGCAGUUUAAAAUUUAAAAUUGAAAUAUAGUGCGAGUAUCGUUAUUCGUUACCAUAUACAAACGCGUAAUUGUGUAAAUAAUAAAGGACAAGAUUGUAGUCUGAAAAUUUUCAAUAAGACAAUUAUUGUAACUAGUAAAUGCCCAAAAAAUGAAUCAGAUUGGUGAAUCGCUGACGCGGACGUUAUCAUUUUCGCAA